AUGGCUCCGAAAUCACCAUUGCAAACAUUGCCCAACCCAGGAAUAACUUCGACAGCAUUUGCUGCCACCUUUAACGUCACCUUCACCCCUUCCUCGGUCAGUGAUCUAUCAAACUUUUCUUCUGUCGAAAAUCACCUCAAUAAUAUGCUUGUCAAUUACAAACUUGAGCAACAGGGCUUCCCUCAGUUUUCGAGAUUUCCCCUUGAAAUUCAGCGCAAGAUCUGGAUAUGCACACUCCCCGAUCCAAGGGUUAUCCCCAUAUCAUAUGAUGAUAUCACCCAAGUUUGCCAGAGUACCAGUUCAGUUCCAAUAGCCUUACACAUUUGUAGUGUCUCUAGAAUUGAGGCAUUGAGAUUCUACUCGUUAUCUUUCGGCACCACGAACGAAAAUGGCCGGAUUUACUUUAGAUUCGGAUUUGAUAUACCUCUCUUAUUGACAAAUAUCUACGAUAGAACCCAACCUACUAAGCUGCCAGCUAAAAGGUUUGAAAGCUUCAUCAACAGUGCUUGCAACCUUGAAAAUCUUGAUGCAAUUGCUAUGAUACCUGGACUGGUCAAGUCAAUCUUUGGCCCUCAUCCAAGACCAUGCCCAUAUCUCUGCAACACGAUCGUCGAGAAAAUGCCAAAUUUGACGCAUCUGUUAUCUGCAAAUUGUACUAGGGAAACAGAUGAACUGCCUAUUGGUAUGUCUGGAUAUCUUGCGGGUUAUAGGACUAUCGGCACCAAAGUAUGCAGUGAUCUAUCCUUAUCCAUGAAGUCAUAUGCACUGAAUGAAGACGCUCAACGCCGGACCGACAGUUUCAAAAGGUUCUGGAAUAUUUGUUGGUGCCAGACUUAUCUGGAGCUGCAUGGCCUACCUUUAGUGUUGGUGCAGGAGAAGGACCUAGAAGUUGGUGAAAUCAGGCGAUUUUCUCGCAUAGGAAAUGAAUGGGGACAUUCCCCGUGGAUUCGAUCUGUGCUAGGCUAUUCUCGUCCGGCUUGA